AUGGAUGACAUUACCCGUCCUGUCCGAAAGAGUAAUGCCAUAAAGGCAUCUUCGUCUCAUUUAAAAGGUAGGAGAAACAGUAGAACGUACGGGCUAAAGAACUUGGCAAUAAUUAUUACAUUUCUAAGUGUUGGAAGGUUCAUAAUAGACAACAACAAGGAAUUUGGGUUUCUGAUGUCUCUUCCGCUGCAGACGCUUUCCCUCUCAGAAUGCAUCUGCUUUAUCAUCACCAUUGCAAUCUCAUUAACACGAUCAUUCAUUGGAUUUUAUAUCGAAACAACCAAUCAGAAGCCAGUUUACUACAUCUACAUCAACAUUAUUAUCAUGGAGACUAUAAUUGCAUAUGUAAAUCUAAAACAUAUAAAGCAUAUAUACUCAUCCGGAUGGUCAAUGAUAUUCGAUAUUGUUUGCAUGGCCAAACUGAUAUCUUUUCAUCUUGUAAAUAGAGAAUCGAAACGAAAGUCUGGCGCAAAUCAUGUACCACCUACACUAGAGCACUUUUCGUACUUCCUGGCAGUUCCUACUCUUUGCUUUGAGUUUGAAUUCCCACUCAGAACUAGGAGAGACAUCAGAAAAAUCAUGUGGAGAUUUGCCCAACUAGCGCUUGGAUUUCUUCUUUUUGUAUUUGUAAUGGACCAGUAUGCAAUUCCAAGCAUAUAUAGAAUAGCAGGAUUCAGUGAUCUAACAACAGUGGUUGAGAACAUAAUCAACUUUUCAAUAAGCACAAUCAUACUGUUUCUCGUGUUUUUUUACACAGUUUUCUACUGCCUUCUUGAAGCAAUUGCAGAAAUAACAUUGUUCUAUGACACAUGCUUCUAUCAAGAGUGGUGGAAUGCAUCGUCAGCAAAGGAGUUCUGGGCAUUGUGGAAUAGACCCGUGUACAUAUGGCUCAAGAAGCAUGUUUACUCAGCAAUGAUCGGCAAAGGCGUGUCCAGAGACAAGGCUGCAAUUAUGGUGUUUGUGGUUUCAGGUCUUGUGCAUGAAUAUGUCAUCUCAAUAUCGAUAAAGAAAUUUACUGGAUGGUUCUUCAUAACCAUGCUUAUCCAGAUUCCUCUCAUACACAUAACCGAGUCGUUCAAGAGACGAUUUCCAUCCUUGGCAAACUUUUUUUUCUGGGGCACGUUUUGCGUGAUAGGCCAGCCUUCUGUAAUGCUGUUGUACUACAGGUCGCUAUACAUAAAAAAACACUGCAUGUAA